CCUAAACAGUGACAGCCAGGCGUGAUAGAAACGUACGAAAUGAGAUGAGAAAACUUUAAUUUUUUUCUCGCAUUUAAUUUUCCCGGACUACGUUGACGUAACGUCCCACAUUUAAAACAAGACCAGCCUGCUGUCUUUUAUUAGGUCCUUUAAAAAAACACUACUAAAAUGGACGUCCUGCAGAGGAGGGUGUUUCUGGAGGACAUGGUUCAGUACAAGCUCUUCUUGAUCCAGGCUGAUGGUUCAAAUUCACAGCAGACUAAGGAUCAUCUCACACAUUUAGUCGAGGAGAUUUUGGCAAAGGUUGCCCCACUCCUGAUACAAUACGUCUGGCAGCAUCAGUCAUUCAACCUCAAGUAUUUUCCUGAGAAAGGAGGUGUCCCUGCUCACAUUGGCGGUAGCACUCAGUUUGGGGACAAUGUGGAGGAUGAGUGGUUUAUUGUUUACCUCCUGCAGCAAAUCACAGAGGCCUUCCCUGAGCUUGCAGCCAGCGUUGAGGACAAUGAUGGGGAGUUUCUCCUGAUUGAAGCAGCAGAUUAUCUUCCCAAAUGGCUGAAUCCAGACUCCAGUGAAAACAGGAUCUUCCUCUAUAGGGGAGAGCUACAUAUUCUGCCCUGUCCCUCCAAAUCCAGUCCAGUGGGGAUCUCAAAAGAUGUGGUACCAAGUGUGGCACAAGCUCUAGCACUGCUCUCCACCCACCCAGAGGCCUGUCAGGCAAGCCCCAAGAUUUGUUCAGCCCUGAGGAAGCGACUAGAGGGGUUCCCAGAGAAGAUUAAAUCUGGCCUCCAUCGUGCCCACUGCUUCAUACCAGCAGGUAUUGCCAUGAUCUUAGCACAACGACCAGACCUCGUCGCCCCUGCAGUGUCAGCCUUCUACCUGCGAGAUCCAGUAGAUCUGCAGGCGUGUCGGAGCUUCAAGAUCUUUCCUCCUGACACGCAAGUCCUCACCUUGGUCACAUUCACGCGUUGCCUGUAUGCCCAGCUGCAGCAGCAACAGUUCACCCCAGACCGGAGGAGCGGCUUCACCCUGCCUGCUCGCUCUCAUCCCCAGUACAAAGCACAUGAGCUUGGCAUGAAACUGGCCCAUGGCUUUGAGAUCCUGUGCUCUAAGAGCAGGCCGCCGUCGUCAGAGCCUGACGCUCCCGUCAGUUGCAACCCUCAGUGGAAAGGCUUCAUGGACAGUCUGAAAAGGAAUGGCUACUUCCGGGGAGAACUGGAAGGUUCGGCUCGUUACAGAGAACUGACACGGUCUGCAGAAAACUUCUUCAAACAGUCUGUCGCCUCAAAAUCAAGUGCCUCGUCUCCAGGUGAGGAGGUUCUCCAGCUGCUGCACAGCUGCAGUCCAUUCAACUUGGAGGAGCUGAAGAAACAAGAGUCACAGCUCCCCCAAGAGGACAGUGACAGCUGGCUGGAUAUCACAGCUCAGGAUUUGGAGCGUAUGUUGCAGGAGAGGAGUGGGGGGAGAGCUGAUGUUGGCAGCCAAAACUCCAGUUCCACCAAACAGACACAGCAUGUCGAGGGCACAGAGGAGAGGAGGAAGGAGACUAAGGGCAGCAAGGAGGAAGAGGAGGGCGGUUACAGCCUGGUGGCAGUCAGUCAGGGGAUGAAGAACUUCCUCAACGCCAUGUCGUCGCAUGAGGGCGCUGAACUGCCCUGGAGCAGUUCAACUCAGUCUUUCAGUUUUGACCCUGACUCCGUGGCCAAUGCACUGGACAAGCUGCUAGGAAGCAAAGAAGAAGAAGAGCUAGAUUCAGAUGAUUUAGAUGAUGAUGAUGAUGAUUAUGAAGAACAGGAAGAUGAGGAGGAAGAGAAAGAGGAGGGGUCUUCUGGUCGUGCAGAGAUGAACGGGCCAGAAACUUUGGAUGGGCUCAAACGAUACAUGGAUCAAAUGGAUCAGGAGCUGAUGAGCACUAAUAUAGGACAAAGCUUCAAUCUAACGACUUACAACAAGACAGAUGUGGACACCGGCUCCCCUCAUCCCUCUUCCAACGACAACCUCCCAACACAUGGAGGGCUGGAAGAGACGGAGGAGGAGAUCCAGCCUCUUGACGUCGACCUCAAUCUGGUCACAAACCUGCUGGAGUCCCUCAGCUGCCAAGCGGGACUGGCCGGGCCGGCCUCUAACCUGCUGCAGAGCCUGGGUAUACACCUACCACCCAACUCUGAUCCCUCAUAAAAGACAUGAAGUACACUCAGUUUAUGACUUUUGGCAGGUUCAAACACAGCAGGGACCAGCACUGAUUGUCGAGGAGGCUUCCCUUAAAGAAAAUAGCAGAAAGCCAUCGCAGAGUGCUGCAGGAAAGCAAGUCAGAAGCCAUAUUCAUUAAUCGUAGAAGCCAGGUCUGACCGUCUGGUCUCGUGAUCCAAUAUUUAGUUAACAAGUAAUCUGGAGAAAGCACAUUUGAGCUUUAAAGCAGGACAUAACCGAAGAUGUGGUCUCUCUCAUUGAAGUCAAAACGCGUUUGUUUGAAAUCACAACGGAAGACUCAACAGGAAGUUAUGACUCAGCAUCUUGAUCGGGUUUACAGAGGAUUUUUAAUACACACUGCCUGGUGUACCGUUGGAAUGUGUUUCCUGUUGUUGGUUUUUCACAGCACUUAACAUUUAGAAUAAAUAUUUUUGGAAAGAAAGCUUUCUUUCAGUGUCAGUUUAUUAUAUAUACACA